AGUACAAAAUCCAAAAUUGAUAACUUAUAUUCCAAUAAACUAAACAAAAUUCUCGCAAACCAUUUUAGAAGAUUUCAACCGAAAAUCACCGGCAAGAUGAAGGGCUUUGCAAAUUGGACAAUCAGUUUCGGACUGGCUCUAAUUAUUUGGCUCGUCUUUCACUAUUCACAGCUGUUGGGGGGCGAAGAGGACGAACAGCUCAUAGAUAAUGAACUGCAGGAUCCAUUUACGGAAGGCUGCAAGACCAGCUCGAUUGAUGUAUAUUUGCAUUUCUUUUGGAUCUUUGCAUGCAUCUAUGCGCUAUCGAAAUUCACGGAACUAUCGGAGCGCUAUUUGAGCGCCAAAAUUGCCUCCAAGGAGCGCAGCUGCGAUAUGCGUGUCCUCAACGAGGAAUGGGAGAAGACUUUGAAACUCUACGAGCUGGAUAAAAAGCAAUUGGACUCUCAGCUGCAGGCAUUGCGCGAAAAGAACUGCGGACUGGAGCAAUCGAUGCGAGAUUUACGCGAUUGCAAUCUCCACUUGAUCAGUGAGAAUUUUAUGCGCACCGUACUGCAGGAUCAACAGAUUCAGGGAUUGGCACAGCGCGUGCAGGACCAACAGCCGUCGAACAUUUAUAUUACCAAUCGUCACAUCCAUUUGACACGACAGGUCUUCCUCAACGAGGGACUCAUCGAUAUCGAUGUCAAUCUGCGCAACGCUGGCGGCCAAGAACUCAAAUCUCCAGAGCAAUCGUUAAAUGUCUGGGUGCAGUAUCUGAAGAUGCGUAAAUGCUAUAUGGGGCCCAUAGCCGAUCCCAAAUUGGUGUUAAAUGGCGAUCCGGAUCGUAUGAUGCCCAUUGUUAUGACUACCGAGCAGUUGGCCAAAUUGCAGGGCAUGAUCUAAUUCCGGUUUGAGAUAGUUCUGUUCGUUUAUUGGAAUUCAGUGAGAGAGCAA